AAUCCCCAUUUCACCAAACCAAUUUCCUUCUCUUCCCCUUCUUAUAAACACCAUCUCCGAUGCCUCAAAAACAGAGCAAUCCCAACAAUAAAACUCCUCUGUUUUCGUUUCCCAUUCAUCAUCAUGAACGCCCUCUUUCCCAUCUCCUUCUUCCUCGUUUCCCUUCUGUUCUGUAAUUCAGUUUCAGCUCAAUCCACUCAGUCACCAGCCCCCUCCGGUCCGACCAACAUCACCGGAAUCCUCGAAAAGGCCGGCCAAUUCUCGACCUUCAUUAAGCUCCUCAAAAGCACCCAACAGAGCGACCAAAUCAACAAUCAGCUCAACAACUCCAACCAAGGCCAAGGCCUCACUGUCUUGGCUCCCCCUGACAAUGCCUUUGCCAAUCUCAAACCUGGCACUCUCAAUUCCCUCUCCGAUCAGCAAAAAGUUCAACUGGUUCAAUUCCAUGUUCUCCCGAAUUUCAUCUCCAUGUCCCAAUUUCAAACCGUUAGUAACCCACUUCGUACCCAGGCCGGAAACAGCAAUGCCGGCCAGUUUCCGUUGAAUGUCACCACUUCUGGCUCUCAGGUCAAUUUGACCACCGGCGUCGUCGACGCCGUCGUCGCCAACACUAUUUACACCGACGGUCAAUUGGCUGUUUACCAGGUCGAUAAAGUGCUUCUUCCGGUUGAUCUUUUUGGUAGUGUAGAAGCGCCAGCGCCGGCCCCUGCCAAGCCGGUGAAGGCCGUUUCGGGUUCUGAUGCUCCUGCUGCCGCCUCUAAGGACACUUCUAGUGACAAUUCUGGCGCCGCUGAGGCGCUGAGUUACCGUUUCGCGGCAGUCGUUGGAUUUAUGGUUGCGCUUGCUUUGCAGCAAUGAGGCUUUCCUCUUUGGUUCAGGGGGGAUUUGACGGAUGUGUAUUUUUUUGGGUGAUUACUUGAAGUUGGAAGUGAAUUCGAAGAAUAAUUUUAUUUCUUUUCAAUGUCUCUCGUUUUGUCUUUGCUGAUUGUGUUUUUCAGUUUUGUAAUGAAACUAAGAGAUUUAUUUUUGUUGUCAUUUUCUCAAUUCAAAUUUGCACGUUUUAUGGAAAGCCAUUUGUUUUGUUCU